CCUGCCUAGAGCGACACGUACAACGCAUCUGUUUGAACGUAAAAAAAUGUACGGGUUAAGUCCUCAUCGUUUUCGCCGUUGUUUAAAAAAAGAUGGUACUAGACUAGACACUGUUAGACUAGAUACAUGUGAUUCGUUUUGUACGUGUUUGUACGGUCCGACGAGAUGUUGAGCGCGAACGACGAUGGCCGGAGGUCCGUUUCUCCGAUUUUAAUUAAUCUCGCGAUGUCAAUAGCCGCGUACUUCUUAACCGUGCGUUUAAUACCGGGUAUAAAGGAUAUGUUCAUCAAAGCUAACCUAUAUGGUGUCGAUAUGAAUAAGACCAGUGGUGAGAAAGUGCCCGAAGCCUUAGGCGUCGUCACCGGAUGCGUUUUCCUCGUGACGCUAUUUUUGUUUAUUCCCAUACCGUUCACAAAUUAUCUAUUUAGCGAUACGAACUUCCCUCACAACGAGUUCAUGGAAUUUUUGGCAGCAUUACUGUCAAUCUGUUGUAUGCUACUUUUGGGUUUCGCCGAUGAUGUGUUGGACCUUCGCUGGAGGCACAAAUUAUUGUUACCGACCAUAGCUUCCUUGCCGCUUUUGAUGGUCUAUUAUAUUAACUUUAACUCUACUCUGAUCAUCGUACCGAAACCGUUGAGACCUUGGUUCGGUUUCUCGGUGGAUCUUUGGAUGUUUUAUUAUCUGUAUAUGGGGAUGCUGGCAGUGUUCUGUACGAACGCCAUAAACAUAUUAGCUGGUAUAAACGGUUUAGAAGUCGGACAGAGUCUAGUAAUUUCGGCGAGCAUACUUUUGUUCAAUGUGAUUGAAUUAUCGGGAGAUCUUUGGAAGGCGCAUCAAUUUUCGUUGUAUUUCAUGCUUCCGUACAUAGCUACAUCGCUGGCCUUAUUCAAAUUCAAUUGGUAUCCGGCGCAGGUGUUCGUGGGCGAUACCUUUUGUUAUUUGUCUGGGAUGACGUUCGCUGUAGUAGGAAUUAUCGGUCAUUUUAGCGAAACGAUUUUGCUAUUUUUCAUUCCACAGAUAAUUAACUUCCUUUAUAGCGUGCCGCAAUUAUUUCAUUUCAUACCCUGCCCUAGGCACAGGCUACCAAAGUACAAUAAAGAGACCGAUAAAUUGGAUAUCAGUACCACGGUGUUUAAUAAAAAGGAUAUCGGAAUUAUCGGUAAACUUAUAACGUGGGUAUUUAGGAAAUUGAGGAUAGUAAAAUGGCAAGAGGAUAAGGAAGGUACUGUUACUUGUAACAAUCUCACGCUAAUUAAUUUCAUGUUGAUUAAAACUGGCCCGAUGAAAGAAUCUACACUCACAUCGACUUUAUUACUUAUUCAGGUGGCUAGCAGUGUAUUAGCAUUCAUUAUAAGGUACCCUCUUGUUGCAAUCUUCUAUGAAACAUGAAAAUGCAUGAUGCAUAUUUCAGAGGAAAAUAGAAUGUAAAUUACAUGAUUACUUUACUAUCUUUCUUUCAUAAUGAAACAAUGUAUAUAUGUAUAUUACAAUAUAUACCCAAGUUUUUUAAUAUAGAAUUUUUUCUUUCAUAAAUCAUAAUGUAUGUAUGUUUUAAAAAGAACUGAUUCUGCAAAUGCGCAUAUACUCUAACAAUUUGUAUUUAUUAACAAAUUGUAACUACAGUUCUUGAUUGUUAUCAAUUGUUGGGAAUAAUAUGUUAUUGUACCAUUCUCAGGAAAUAAAAUGUGUUCCUUUUCGAUUUGUAAA